AUGACUAGAUUUAUUGGGUGUAUAGACUUGCACAACGGUGAAGUGAAACAAAUUGUCGGAGGUACCUUAACCGAGAAUGAUAAAGAUACACCAAAGACGAAUUUUGUUUCUGAGAAGUCGUCUGGAUAUUAUGCACAACUUUACAAACAGAAUAAUGUGAGGGGAUCUCAUGUUAUUAAACUGGGUCCGAAUAAUGAUGAGGCUGCAUUAGAAGCCCUCAAAGGUGCUCCUGGAUUCUUACAAGUUGGUGGUGGUAUCAAUGACACAAAUUGUCAGAAAUGGUUGGAAUAUGCUAAUAAAGUCAUCAUUACAAGUUGGUUAUUCAAUAAAGAGGGUAAAUUUUUAUUAGAAAAUUUAGAAAAGAUAUCUUCACUCUGUGGUAAAGAUCGUUUGGUAGUAGAUUUAAGUUGUAGAAGAACUAAAGAUAACAAAUGGAUAGUCGCAAUGAAUAAAUGGCAAACAUUGACAGAUAUGGAACUCAAUAAAAAUGCUUUCAAGGAAUUAAGUACAUACGCCAAUGAAUUUCUAAUCCAUGCAGCAGACGUUGAGGGCCUGUGCAAGGGGAUUGAUGAAGAAUUAGUCAGUAAAUUAUAUGAAUGGACCAAAGAAUUGGAUAAUAACAUUAAAAUAGUAUAUGCAGGUGGUGCUAAGAGCGUAACUGACUUACUACUUGUUGAGAAAUUAAGUAACGGUAAAGUAGAUCUAACUUAUGGUAGCUCACUGGAUAUCUUUGGUGGCAAAUUAGUUAAAUUCGAUGACUGUUGCACAUGGAACUCAACUCAUUAA